UGCUGUGGUUCUUUGCUUCAGUGCAGCGAGUACAGUGAAAACAAACCAUAUGAAUGGAUUUGAGCCUACGAAGAACUGAAACAAAUGUUGUCACGAGAAUUUUACUAUUUUAUAAUAGUUAUCAGCGAUGAUCCUCGGGGGAAAAGUACGAAAAAGUAGACCUGUGUCAACCGGCUGGGGAUCUAGCCACUUCUCUUUUGGCAUACAGUAGGUAGCUGGUCAUAAACUCGGUACAGUUUACAGAGAAUAAUGCUAGACAGGAGGGAGUCGAAAUGAAUUUUACCGGUUUUCUGAAGUUGCUAGUUUGCUGCUUUGAAAAUUAAGAGCUCUUGUUUGUUUGCUUUUGCGGAACAUUGCCACAAUGGAAUAUCACUGUACACUUGUUUUUGUCCUGGCGACUCUGCUCCCUCACAACUGUGUAACGUUAGACUCCCAGCUACCAAAUUUCGUCCUCCUGUUCGCCGAUGACUUGGGAUUUGGCGACUUAGGCUGCUACGGGCAUCCGAGUUCAGCAACUCCCAACCUGGACAAGCUUGCCUCCAAUGGGCUGCGGUUCACCGACUUCUAUUGUUCCAGUCCCGUGUGUAGUCCAUCCAGAGCGGCGUUGUUGACUGGACGCUACCAGACCCGCUCUGGAAUAUACCCAGGUGUGUUCUAUCCAGGCUCCAGGGGAGGGCUCCCUCUGAAUGAAACCACCAUAGCAGAGGUCCUGAAACCUCUGGGCUACGCUACAGCCAUCAUUGGCAAAUGGCACCUUGGUGUGGGGCCAGACAGGAUGUACCUCCCAACCAAUCAGGGCUUUGAUCACUAUCUCGGCAUACCCUACUCCCAUGACCAGGGUCCUUGUCAAAACCUGACCUGCUUUCCUCCUGAUGUCAAGUGUUUUGGGACGUGUGACCAGGGCUUGGUGACAAUUCCUCUGUUUGCCAAUGACACAAUCAAGCAGCAGCCUGUUAGCUUACCAGAUGUGGAGAAGUCUUACAGCGACUUUGCCACCCAGUUCAUCAUGACAAACACCAUGAGAAAGCAGCCCUUCUUCCUAUACUACCCAUCACAUCACACCCACCAUCCCCAGUUUGCAGGGAAGGGGACGACGGGGAAGUCCCGCAGGGGGGCGUUUGGUGACUCCCUGAUGGAGUUUGAUGGCACAGUGGGGAACAUCAUUCAGGCCCUGAUGGACAGCGGGGUGCACAACAACACCUUUGUGUUCUUCACCUCGGACAACGGGCCAUCAUUGAUGCGCAUGUCCCGUGGGGGGAACGCAGGGCCCCUUAAGUGUGGGAAGGGCACGACGUACGAGGGGGGUAUGAGGGUGCCUGCAAUCGCGUACUGGCCCGGGAGAAUCAAAUCAGGUGUCACACAUGCACUUACCAGCACUCUGGACCUCCUCCCCACCAUUGCAAGGCUGUCAGGGGCAAAACUACCCAGAGUGCAACUGGACGGAUUUGACAUGAGUGACAUCCUAUUCCGCCAUGGACCGAGUAAGAGAGAGGCCAUGUUUUACUACCCCACAGAUCCAAGUGAGAAGUACGGCCUGUUUGCCGUGCGCGUCGGGAGGUACAAGGCCCACUACUACACACAAGGCUCCAUUCUCAGUGACACCACCCCAGAUCAGGACUGCCACGAGACCGCCCACCUCGAGCGCCACGACCCCCCACUGCUCUUUGACCUGGAAGCUGACCCCUCCGAGAACUACAACUUGGCCACGCCCGAUCACCCGGAGUACAAGGCCGUGCUGCAGCUGAUCCAGGAUGUGAAGACGGACUUCGAGGGGGGCAUGGUGUUCGGGGAGGCCCAGGUGGGGAAGGGGACUGACCCCGCACUGGAGCCCUGCUGCACCCCACAAUGCACCCCCAAACCCACCUGCUGCAGCUGCAGCUAGAACAGUGCUGAGACAGAAAUGAGGCAGAGCUGAGGGUGCAGUUGAGACAUAUCUGAAACAGAAUGGAGCCCAAUUUGAGACAGAACUGAGAGGUAACUUGGAUUGGACUGGAACAGGGAAAAGGCAGUCUGGACCUUCUUAAUCAGCUCAGUUUUAAUCAAUGCAGUUUUUGAAAUGUACUACUGAACUGAACAUAU